UUGGACUAGAUGAUCUCCAGAGGUCCCUUCCAACCUCAAGCAUUCUUUGAUACUGUGGUUAUGGGCUACUGGGGGGCAUCACUGCAUGGCUGUGGCCCAAGCUCCCUCAAUCAUCGUUGCAGGUAUUCCAGGUCCGCAAAGUGCAGGGUACCAACAUGGGCAAGAUCUUUGCCAUGAAGGUCCUGAAGAAGGCCAAAAUCGCCUGCAACGCCAAGGACACGGCGCACACGCGGGCUGAGAGGAACAUCCUGGAGGCCGUCAAGCAUCCCUUCAUCGUCGACCUCAUGUACGCCUUCCAGACGGGCGGCAAGCUCUAUCUCAUCCUGGAGUGCCUAAGCGGUGGAGAACUCUUCAUGCAGCUUGAGCGGGAGGGCAUCUUUCUAGAGGACACUGCCUGUUUCUACCUUAGUGAGAUCACGUUGGCGCUGGGCCACCUGCACUCCAAUGGCAUCAUCUACCGAGACCUCAAGCCGGAGAACAUCAUGCUCAACAGCCAAGGCCACAUCAAGCUGACAGACUUCGGGCUGUGUAAAGAGUCGAUCCAUGACGGGGCUGUGACGCACACCUUCUGCGGCACCAUCGAGUACAUGGCCCCGGAGAUACUGGUCCGCAGUGGGCACAACCGGGCAGUGGACUGGUGGAGCCUGGGCGCCCUGAUGUACGACAUGCUCACAGGAUCGCCCCCCUUCACAGCUGAGAACCGCAAGAAAACCAUUGAUAAAAUCCUCAAGGGCAAGCUGGUGCUGCCACCCUACCUGACACCCGAUGCCCGAGACCUGCUCAAGAAGUUCCUCAAGCGAAACCCCAGCCAGCGGGUCGGGGGGGGCCCGGGCGACGCAGCUGAUGUGCAGAAGCAGCCCUUCUUUCGCCACAUCAACUGGGACGACCUCCUGGCCCGCAAGCUCGACCCUCCCUUCAAGCCCUGCCUGGAUGAGGAUGCUCACGCACACCCUGCCACCCACAGGCCUGAGACCGCCCCCCCCAACCGCCCCUAG